CAAAUGACCAGCAUUGGUCUUGGUGCUUGGUUAAACUCAACUUUCGACAUUCUGUGUGUCAAACAUAUUUCAAUAAUAACAGCUCAGUUUGAAAUACUGAAAUUAAAAUUGGUACAAAUUACAGAAGCUAGAAUAAAUAACAUUCCCAUUGAAACAGAGGUUGUUAAAAGGUUGGACAGAUGCUUACAUUUAUACGAUUUACUUUUGAGGUAUGUAAUUGAAAUCGAAAAGUCAUUCUCUCCAGGAAUUUUCGUUCAGUUUGCUUCCAGUAUGUGUGUUAUAUGUGUAACUGGAUUUCAGUUAGUAGCAAUUCCUCUAUCAACUUCAAAAUUUGUAAUGUAUGUAAAUUACCUUAUGUGUAUGUUGUGUCAAGUAAUUAUGUAUUGUUGGUAUGGUCAUUUUUUAAUUGGAAGUAGUACAAAUAUUAUUGAAGCUUGUUACAUGAGUGAUUGGCUAAAUUGUAGUCAUGAUAUUCGUAAAUCUUUGAUAUUAAUGAUGGAGAGAGCAAAGAAACCAGUUUCGAUGAGAGCCCUAAACUUUUUCACAUUAUCCUUGCCUACACUCAUAACGGUGUUAAAAUCAUCAUACUCAUAUUUAGCUGUUCUGCAGCACAUUUAUUCUAAGUAACUUGAAUUAUAAAAUUCUAUAUAAUUGAUUAAUAGGUGCACUUAAUGUAUG